AUGAAGGUGAUCCAGCAGAGGAAUGUGUACUUUCUAGACCUGGGGAAGUGUGUGUACAGAGGAUUUUCCGAGACAACAAUUCAAAGAGAGGCUGGGGAAGAUGUGCUUGUGUACAAAUCAAAAGAUUUAGCCGUUUUAAGUGUCGACAUUAUUGCAUCUAGUAAGCUGAAGACAGUGAACUAUACGAUUAAAGAUGCAACAGAUGCUAUUGACGAGUGUGAGAGAUCUUUUAGUAGAAAUAUGUGGAAAAAUAUAAAUGUAGAUGGUACAUUUGAGGUUCGUGUGCCAGAGGAAGUUAGGGAAAAUACAUUUACAGUCCGGAUCUUGUACGAGAUUGGAGAAAACAACGACUCGGUGGAAUUCUACAGACCUAUUUCUCCGGAGGAUAGGCAUAGAGAAGUGGUAGCAUGCAACAGAAUGUUUGAUUCUUCUUCAAUAUUUCCAUCUCUUUCAACACCUUACAAGAACAAAUGGGAACUAGUCUACAUUCUACCAAGCAGUGAGGAAGUAAAAAUCAUAUCGCCAGGGAUCCUCAAGAGUAUAAGAGAGGAAGAAAAUGUGAUCCUGUACUCUUAUUCAGUGGAGAUGGCCCAUAGUGGGGCAUUGAACUUUUGCAUAGGAACUUUUGAUAGCUAUGAGAUUUCCACAGGAGAUGAUAGAAAGGCCGUAUGCAUUCCGAAAGGAUCCGAAGGAUACAAGGAUUGUAUAAGAGAGUUCUGCUGCGACGUUGAAAAUUUGAUCAGGUAUUCCGAAUAUUUUCUCCAAAGAGAAUAUCCUUUCAAAGCUCUUUCGAUUGCCUUUGUGUUUGGAGAUGCAGACAAGGUGUAUGGGCAGAAUACUGCAUUUCUGGCUCUAUCCAAUCUCACAUCCUUGAACGAUAUUGAGCCUAUGUUUCUUCUAAAAAGGAUUGUAUGUGAUAUACUAAGCUCCCAGAUAUUCUAUUUCUAUUUUUCCAUAGUGGAAAAGAUAGACUUCUGGAUUGCUGAAGGGAUGAAGGGAUACUUCCAAGACUAUUGUGCUAGGCAUUUUCUGGGAAAUAACGAGUUUCUAUACGAACUCAAGAAGGACAGGGACUACGUACUAGAUAGAGAUGUUGCAGAAUAUGCAUUGUAUGAUCCACGGAGGACGUUUUUUUCAAUGAGAGACAAAUUCUUUAAAACCAAAGCCAAGGUCUUCUUCCAUCUUCUGGAAGGAAACCUCAGCAGGGCAUUUAUGGAAAAGAUUUUGAACUACACUAUAAAGAGGAAGGGGGACGUCAAAGAGGAUUAUAGCUUUGAGUUUGUUAAGCUUGUAAAGGAUGUUACUGGAAAAGAUCUUCGGUUUCUUUUUGAAACUUAUGUAUUUAAGCCUGGAGUGGUGAAAGUAAGGCUUGGAUUUACGAUAAACAAGAAAAGCAAUAGAGUGGACUUCACGGCAGAGCAAACCCCAACAAGUAUCUUUUCAAAUGGGAAUAAGACAAUAUGUGGGCCUGUAACUAUCUGUAGCUAUGAGAUGGAAGGAAUAUUUGAACAUGUGUUUAUGCUGGACAGAGAGAAUCAUUUUUACUACCACCCAAAAACUAAGAAGAAAAAGAAGUCUGAGGAAGAAGAGGAGGUAAUGCCUCUGCUGUGGAUAAGAGCAGACAUAAAAGGAGAGCAUCUGGCAAGGAUCGUUAUAGAGCAGCCAGACUACAUGUUCAUUGAACAGCUACUAGACAAGAAUGUAGUCGGGCAGAUGGAGGCUCUCGAGAAUCUCUCGAUAAAGCCGUCUGUUCAAGUUUGUGAGAUACUUGAAAGAAUGCUUGAAAACACACACAUAUUUUACAAGAUAAGAGUUCAUAUACUUUACAUUCUCUCCAGAACAACAAUUGGAAGCUACUAUGGAUUCCAAAGGCUUAUUCAGUAUUUUGUAAAGAAGUAUUGUGUUCAAACAUCCACGAUAGUCAAACCAAACGACUUUUCAUUUAUUCCAUACUUCAUACAGAAACACCUUGUGAGGGCACUGUCGCUUGCAGAUCCGUUUAUUUUCAGAAACUAUUCAGGAAGAGAAGUGGGAUCAGCAAGCAUAAUUUCUGCAUUUAUUAUCAACAUACUCAAGUUUAAUGACAACUCGUUCAACUCCUAUAGCGAUGGAUGGUACAUAUCUUCUGUGAUUGAAAGUCUGAGCUUUCCUCUUUCUUCAAUGAGCUUUCCGGAAUUCUACUCUGGGGAGCACAUGAAGUCCAAAAAUAAAGAGCACACUCUCCACAGGCCGGGAAAAACAGAGGAUGACAUCAACGAUCUGUUUAGGGCAGAAGGAAAUAGCAGCAAGGAUUUUGAGAAGCAUGGGGGAUUGUCUUUAGACGAUCUUUCUGCAGGAAGUGACAAAGGUAACAUGAAUUCAUUCGACAUGAAUGAAAGAUAUGAGAAUAGGAAAUCACCUUACCUUUCGAUAGAUAAAGAAGAAGGAAAAAGGCAAGAUGGUGAUCUUUCGAGUGUUUACAAGGGUGGGCAGAGUAUAAGGACAGAGUCCUCGGAAAACCCUGAUUAUCUUCAGCUUUCGGUUUCUGAGAUCGAAAGGUUUAGGAUCCUGGACAUGGUCUUUCCAUCACAUAGAAAUCUGGUAACUAAAUCUUGCAUAUAUGCCUUAGGACGGCUCUCUUUGUUUGGAAUGAUGAGCUUGAAGAAAAAUGCCUUGAUCCAGCUUUCGAAACAUCCCAACUUCUGCAGUGUGAGAGUUGCAGCGCUUGAAGUUUUACUUUCUCUAUUUUAUGAAGACGAAGAAGUGGUUAAUUCGAUCUUUGAAAUGCUGCUCCAAGGAACGUUCACUAUCAAGUGCGUAGCCUUUGAUGUCAUGACAGCUCUUGGAUCGUCUCCAAAAUUCAACUUCAAAAAGGUUCUAAAAGGAAAAAGAAAAGAAAUAUUUAAGUUACUGAGACUCAACCAAGGGAACGCAAUUGUUAAAGAAAAGAUUGCCAAUCUGAUUUAUCUCAUAGAAGAUAUGGAGUUAACACGUGAUGAAUACCACAAGGCCGUGGUUAGAAUCUAUGAGCGAACUCUUCCAAACGACUUACGUAAAACAAUCAAUCGACUGGGUAGAGAGUUUAUGGGGGACAAGCGAGUGACCCUAAGGUUGAACAGCAUAGAUACGCUUAAAAGAAAACUUUUACAAGCAGAAUAUCUUAUUAGAAUUCCCUUUUCAAGAACGAAAAAGAUUCUCGGGGGAUUUCUGGAACGUAAGGAACACAUACCUUCCAAUCCAAAACCUGAGGCAGAUCCAACAAAAAAGAGCUUCUACAGAAAGACUCCUAAUAGAAAAGGCGUCGAUGAUUUGAAAAAGACAAGGAAAUGGGGCACCCAAGACUCUCCAAUGGAUACUAGUUCUGUUGGUUCGGUUAUCAGGAUUCCAAACACCUGUAAGAUUAGACUCAGGCAUCCAGAAAAAUAG